UGAGAAUGGUAUUGUGUGAAGCUUAAAGCAGCUUGCGUGGAUGGCGCGUCGCACGAGUUGGGUUCUUCUUGCAAAGCUCCAGGGCGAAUUGCCUAACAAGCACGGAAGAAGUGCGUGCAAGAAGACAAUAAAAAACAGCCGAAAUUAAUCAUUUGUUCCUCUAACAUCCAUCACUUUUUUGCGCUGCAUUUUUAUCAAUCAAAAAGAUGUCUGACGUUGAUGACGAACUUUUGGCAUUGGUGGGAAACGGUUCGUCUUCUUCACGUUCCGGAUCACCGGCAAAGAGACGAACAAAAAGGAGACGUAAUGCAAACAGCAGAAGAGACCUAAGCGAUGACGAUGACGAUCAAUCCGAUGAUUUGGACGCAGAAGGAAGUGAUGAUGAUGAAGUUGGGGUAAAUGAACCCGUCAACCCUUUUCGAUUGGAGGGUAUUUAUAAAGAUGAAGAAGAUCGAGAAAGACUGUUGGAUAUGCCUGAAUUGGACAGAGAAGCAGAAUUGGCAAGUCGUAGAGAUUUGAUCACGCAAAGGAGACAAAAAGCAGAUUUAAGGGCAAUGGUACGAACACAACAAUUGGCAGGCAGAAAAUCUAGCGGGAGAAGUUCAUCAAAACCUGCUAAAAAGAAAUCUCGAAAAUUGAAAAAGGCAUCCUCUGUCUCUUCAUCCAAAAGACGCAGAAGGGCAGAUAGCGAUGAAGAAGAGGAUGAUUUUGACGAAGAUGAUGAAGAAGACGAAGAGGAAGAGGAGGAAGAAGAAUCUGACUUUGAGACUGCUCGUCGCGGUUCGAGGGCCCGCAAAGGAGACAAGCCAUCCGGCAAAGCUGCACAACUCCAAAAGCUAAAGAAGAGUAGAGCAAAGGUACAAAGAAGAAGACAAGGAGAUGAUGACGACGAGAGUAGCGCACAAGAAACUUCAGAGAGUGAAUAUGAUGCCGAAGAAGCAGAAGCUCUUUGGCGAUCAAAGAAAGAACGUGAAAGAAGAGAACGUGGAGAGUCCAAAAGAGGCGCUGCUGCUGAUCAAAAGCCGAGCAGAGAACAAGAUCGACUUGCCAAAAGAGGUGAAUGGAAAUUUCCUGACCUUAAAGAUAUCAACAUCGCCCGCGUCAAACGUGAUCACCUCUCAAAACUCGUGCACAAGCCUGACUGGAUGUCGCAAAUUGUCGGAAAGUUCGCUCGUAUCAAUUUCACAGAUCGCGAUAAAGCUACUGGACGUAUCACUCAAACAUAUCGUCUUGUGCAAAUUUCAGAUUGCUAUCAAGGCGAUGAUUAUUAUGAAUUGGGCGAUCAGUACACUAAUGCACUCUGCACAAUGCAAGCCGGGGAAGAGAAAAUGUCAAAGGUGUUACUCAAGUUUAUCAGUAACAGCGAAGUGACCGAUCGAGAAUACGAUGAAUUCCGCAGUCGGGUUGAUAAAAUGUCGGGCCAUCGAGCACAAAGGGUCUAUCCCAGUCGAGAAGCCACUUUGGAUCAAGCUGAUGAAUUAGAAGCAUUCGUCAGUAAGCCUUUCACCGAACAAGAUAUUAAUCAAAUGCUUAAAGAAAAGCGAUCAGCAAGAGAUGCGUUUGAGAAUUCCGAACGCAAUAAGAGCAAACAACGUCAACAGCAACAUUUGAGCGGAUCCAGUAAAACAGAAGCGGGCGCAAAUGAGCUGCUCAUGUUACAAAUGAACGAAAAGCAUCGUAGAGCAGACCAAAAACGAAUCGCUGACGCAGAACGAAAGAUCGCAUUGCAAAAUCGAUUAGCUGCUCAACGAUUAAACUCGAAUGCAAACACUCCUUCUGGUACACCUCCACGAUCAGGAACUCCUUUGAACGGUCUCGCUUCGAAUGGCGCAACACAAGGUACUAACAGUCCGCUUGUCAAACCUGCAACGAGUAGCACGCCUCUUUCUCUGGCCAUUGCUGCUGCUGAUAUAGAUGUAGAUUUGGGUGAUUUUUAAUUGAAUUAUUUAUCUGUAUAGAUUUCAAAUCUUGCCAUAUAAUACAUUGUUAUAAAAAAUGUUCUCUUUCCAUCGUCCAGCCGUUGGAAAAGAGAUUGUCUUGAAAUGACAACU